UCAGUAGUAGUAGGUCGAUGGAUCGUAGCGGCCACCCAAUAUCGACAUUUUACAUAAUUUGAUUUUCCCUUUUUGUCGAGAAAAUAAACUUUUUUUUUUUUUUCUUUUUAAAUUUUCCACUUCUAUUCAUUUAAAUGAUAUAAUUGAUUUUAUAUGAAUUUAUGACUGUGAUAUAUAUCGUUGAAUGCUGUCUUUCUUCAUUACAAAUAAAAAAAAAAAAAAAAAAAAAAAGUGAGGUGUAUUGAGAGUUGUGGGCGAUAAGUGAUCGUUGUUGGUGCCAAGAUUCAUCAUGAGAAACAACAGCGACAUAAUGGAGGAUAAUACAUCUGAGGAUACAAUGAUGGAUUGUGGAGAAGAUGAAAAGGAACUUGAUGAUUUAAUGGAAUUGGCAGCAAAUAUUGCAAAUUCCUCACCUAGUAUUAAAGACGCUGCCGAGAGAUUAUUAACACUAUUAGGUGUUGACGAAGAAAAUGAUGAUUUUUCAUCAGAAGAUGAAGGCGUUGAAAUUGAUUUAGAUGAAAUUGAUGACGAUGAAGAUGGAAAAAAAAAUUCUAGUCUACUUCAACAAUUGGCAGUUUCAUUAGCUCAAGAAUUAAAAUUUACACAAAGAAAAAAUAUUCAUUCCACGACAAGAACAACAAUUCAAAAUAAUUCAUUAUUUGAAAAUUGUGAUGUUGAAAAAAAUAUUCAACAUAUGAAUCUUAGUCAAGAAUCAUCAUUUUUACAUCAUCAUCAUCAUCAUCAUAAUAAAAAAAAUGAUUUAUAUUUAGAAACAAAAAAUGAGGGUUAUUCAUCAUAUGAAUUUAAAUCAUUUGGCAAAACAUUUUGUGAAUCAUCAUCAAAACGUGAAUUAUUAAAAAAAAAUAAAAAAUCACCCUACUCGCGAGUUAAUAGAACAGAUGGAUCUCAAAUAAAAAUGAAAGACAAUAAAUUAUUGAAUUUGGAAUCGAAUUUAAAUUCUUGGAAUGCCGGCUGGGAAUCGUGUGCUUCUGAAACAUUGCGUUAUUUAGUUGUGGACGAGGGUCUAUCACCCCAUCAUCCAACUGUUGUGGCUAUGAGAAAUCAUCUCGAUUUACAAAGAGAACAAGCUUUUUUAAGGUCCGGAAGCCAUUGACUUUUUUAAUCAAAAAAAAUGAAAAA